AUAUAUCCCGAAGGUCAGCACUUCCCGAGUGAUUCCCAACAAAUCUAUAGGAAGUAGGAUGCGAUGUGUAAAAGGAGUGUGAGAAGUUGAGUAACUGCUUGUGCGUGCGUCUUUGCUCAGCUCAGUUCUUCGACGAUGACGACAUCACUUUCAGAGCUUGAUGACGACAUCGUCCGCACCAUGUCUAUUGGAGCAGUUUUCUCUGACUUCGUUGGGAAGAUAUAUUCAAUUGAUUUCCAUCGUAAGGAUGAUUUACUUGUCACAGCUAGUGAGGAUGAUUCAGUGCGCCUCUAUGACAUUGCUAAUGCUAAGUUGUUGAAGACCACUUAUCAUAAGAAACACGGUACUGAUCAAAUAUGCUUUACUCAUCAUCCAAGUUCUGUCAUAUGCUCUUCAAGGUACAAUUUGGAGUCUACUGGAGAAUCGCUGCGGUAUUUAUCAAUGUAUGAUAACCGCUGUCUACGAUACUUCAAAGGGCAUAAACAGAGAGUUGUUUCUCUCUGCAUGUCUCCUAUCAACGAUAGUUUCAUGUCUGGUUCUGUAGACCACAAUGUAAGGUUAUGGGAUCUACGUGUAAAUGCCUGCCAGGGAAUCUUACAUGUACGUGGUAGACCUACUGUUGCCUACGACCAACAAGGCCUGGUCUUUGCCGUAGCAAUGGAAGGGGGAGCUAUAAAGUUGUUCGAUUCACGUUCAUAUGACAAGGGUCCCUUCGACACCUUUCUUGUUGGUGGUGAUAAAGCUGAGGUUUGUGAUAUUAAAUUCAGCAAUGAUGGAAAAUCAAUGCUUCUGUCUACUACUAAUAACAAUAUAUAUGUUCUUGAUGCAUAUGGAGGAGAUAAGCGCUGUGGUUUUAGUUUGGAACCGUCUCAUGGCACCUCAACAGAGGCGACAUUUACCCCAGACGGGAAGUAUGUAGUGGCAGGUUCAGGAGGCCGGACAAUGCAUGCUUGGAGUAUUGAUAGGAACAGCGAGGUAGCAUGUUGGAGUAGCCAUAUUGGCGUGCCUUGGUGCUUGAAAUGGGCUCCUCGUCGAGCCAUGUUUGCAGCUGCCUCAACUGUUCUCACGUUUUGGAUACCUAACAACGAACCAAAGCUGAAAGAUGAGGAUGCUGACACAGGCGCUGAACCGGGACUUCAGCCCCAACAUUGAACCAGCACAGACGAGGAUGUUGACACAGGCGCUGAACCGGGACUUCAGCCCCAACAUUGAACCAGCACAGACGCUGAACAUUGAACCAGCACAGACGCUGGUACAUCAACAAAUCAAUAGGCCUUUUGCUUUUUUGCUUUUGAGGAUGCAACUUAGCUAGAUCUUGUAUAUUGUAAAUUCCAUAAAAUCCGACUAUUAAAUGGAUGCUCUUCUAGUAGUCAAACAAGUUUAUUUUUAAUUGUUUAAAUGGUGAUAUGUUUGCCCUGCCUUGAAAAAAUUAUGGAUAAAUUGAAAA